AUGCGUAUUUCAACAUACUGUGCUGUUCUUCUUUGUAUUGUUGCACAGUGUUUUGCAGCAUCACACAAGUCGCGAAACACCUGUGGUUAUGAUUCAUGCAAUUUGGGUCAAGCAAAUAAACUCAAUGUUCACAUAGUACCACACACACACGAUGAUGUCGGUUGGCUUAAAACAGUCGAUCAAUACUACUACGGGGCUCGCAACGACAUUCAGCAUGCCUCUGUUCAAUACAUUCUUGAUUCAGUUAUUGAAGAACUCGUACAAAAUCCUGAACGACGUUUUAUCUAUGUUGAAAUAGCUUUUUUCUGGCGUUGGUGGAAUCAACAAUCAAACGAUACACGUAAUUUCGUCAAAGAGCUCGUAAAUGCAGGUCGUCUCGAGUUUAUUUCGGGCGGUUGGUGCAUGCAUGAUGAAGCGACAACGUAUUAUAAUUCGAUUAUCGAUCAACACACUUUAGGAGCUGAGUUUUUGCGCGACCAAUUUGGUGAAUGCGCUCGACCAAAAAUCGGUUGGCAAAUAGAUCCAUUUGGUCAUUCACGCGAAGUUGCAUCACUUUUUGCACAGAUGGGCUUCGAUGGUCUGUUUUUUGCACGAGCCGAUUAUCAAGAUUCCGACCUACGUAAUAGUACAAAAACAAUGGAAAUGAUCUGGAAGGGUAGUGCCAAUUUGGGCCGUCAGAGUUGGCUAUUUACUGGUCUUUUGGCAGAUUUUUACGAUCCACCAGACUCACUUUGUUUCGAUCGAUCCUGUGGUGAUCAACCUAUUAUAGAUGAUCCAAGCCUGAAUGAUUAUAAUGUUCCUGAACGAGUACAAACAUUCAUCGAUGCUGCACAUGAUCAGGCAUAUGGUUUUGCUACUAAUCAUAUCAUGAUGACGAUGGGUAGUGAUUUUCAUUAUGAAAAUGCUAAUCUAUGGUUUAAAAAUUUGGAUAAAUUGAUCAAAUAUGUUAAUGCUCAGCAAACAAAUGGUAGCGAUGUUAAUGUGUUCUAUUCGACACCUUCAUGUUAUGUAUAUGCGUUGAAUAAAGUUGACAGAGCAUGGACAUCUAAAACGGAUGAUUUUUUUCCUCUUGGUGAUACUCCACACGGAUUUUGGACGGGUUAUUUUACUUCACGAGCUGCACUUAAACGUUAUGAACGACACUCAAAUAAUAUUCUUCAAGCCACACGUCAACUCAAUGCACUUUCACAAAUCAAUUUGCGCAAUGAUAUUUUUUAUCUGAGUGAAGCGAUGGGUAUUGUUCAACAUCACGAUGCAAUCAGUGGAACAGAGAAGCAAAAUGUUGCUGAUGAUUAUGCACAACGGCUGUCCGAAGGAAUUGAUAAAGCCGCGGAUGUGAUCAACAAUGCCUAUGCUAAAUUAUUGCCGAACGAGAGUGAAAUACCAAUGAAUGCAACUCAGUUUCUCUGUCAAUAUUCAAACAUUAGUGAAUGUUUACCCAUUGAAGGACAGAAACAGUUCACAUUAACACUUUGGAAUCCAACAAUUCAUCCAAUUAUUCAUCACGUUCGAGUACCUGUUACAAAAGAAUAUUUGAUUCGUGAUCCAAUGGGAAGCAUUGUUUCCGCUGAAUAUGUUCCGAUUUCAACCACCACGAGAAACAUUCCUGGUCGCAAGAGUUCUGCUCAAAACCAAUAUAUAUUCACAACUUCACUUCCUGCUCUUGGCUUUAGUACUUAUUAUUUCGAAGCUAAAAGUGGUGAGAAAAUCAGAAAACAGAAGACGACAACAACACGAAACGAAGCGUGUACUCUGGAGAACGAAUAUAUUCGAGUUGAAUUUGACGAUCACGGCAAUCUACAUCAGAUCAUCAAUUUAGAAAAGGGCAUUGCAGUACCAUUUACUACACAAGGCUUCUACUGGUACACAAGCUUUGCUGGUAACAAUUCUCGUCCAGAAUUUCAAUCAUCGGGUGCUUACGUUUUUCGGCCGCUGACAUCGAAAAUACAACCUGUAAGCACCACUCGUACCAUAACAUGUACAAAAACGGAAACAGUACAAUCUGCAUCAAUCGUAUUCAAUGCAUGGGCCAGUCAAGAAGUGAGCCUAUUCCAUGGAAUGCGAACUGUUGAAAUAGAGUGGACAGUUGGACCCGUUCCGAUCGAUGAUAAUGUCGGUAAAGAGAUUAUUAUACGAUAUGAUACCGACAUUGAAAGCGCAUCGAAAUAUUAUACAGAUGCUAAUGGACGUGAAGUACUUGAACGAAUACGUAAUUAUCGACCAACAUGGAACUAUUCUAUUGUCGAAAAUGUUAGUGGCAAUUAUUAUCCUAUCAAUAGCCGCAUUUGGAUUAAAGAUCAUACACGCCAAUUGACUGUUCUUAUCGAUCGAUCUGAAGGUGGUGCAAGUAUCCUAGAUGGUUCAAUCGAAAUCAUGGUCCAUCGUCGUAUAGCCCACGACGACUCUCUCGGUAUUAAUGAACCAUUAAAUGAAACAGCUUUUGGUGAAGGUCUUGUCGUACGUGGCAAACAUUUUCUCAUCCUCGAAUCACCUGAGAACAGUUCUCGCAUUCAUCGAGUUGGUGCUCAGCAAUUGUUCAUGCAUCCCAUUGCUACCUAUGCUCUACCUCAAACAUCCUAUGCAAAUUAUUCGAAAGCCUAUCAUCAAACAUGGUCUGCUCUCUCGGAAAGUAUGCCGCUCAAUGUUCAUUUGUUGACACUCGAUCAGUUGAACCCCAGACAAUUUCUUAUCCGUGUUGAACAUUACUUUGAACUCAAUGAAGAUGAUAUCUAUUCACACCCUGUCGAAGUUGAUCUACAAGCGUUUUUCAAAAGUCUCGGCACGAUUACUGAUUUGACUGAACUAACACUCGGUGCUAAUAUGCCCUUAUCCCAAUUACAUCGACUCGACUGGCGGACAACCGACAAAGAAUCGUCACAUAUCGACAUGCCGAAGUAUUCAUCAUUAAAAGAUACAAUAGUCACGCUCAAUCCGAUGCAAAUCAAGACAUUUCAAGUCACAUUGUGA